UAAAAGUAUGUUUAAAACUUGCUUCAUUUGCCAAAAGCUACUAUUAAUCUGAAAAACAAAACCAAAACAAAAAGCCGAUGGGAACGUAAGCUGUUUAAAAUAUGAGAGCGCAGCAGACUCUCUGGGUGCUAAUGCAGCAUCCCGGAUGUAGGGAAGCAACAUCCAGUCAUCGUACGUACUGGAAGCCGUCAUCCAUACAUGCGCAGCUACGUAGGCUGACAUCCACCGAGAGGACUGGUGAGGAGGAGGAGGAAGAAGAAGAAGAGAAGGAAGAGGAGAUGUCUGUGACGGUCUCUGUGUUUGUGUUCUCCUGGGCGGACUGUGCUCCUCUCCGCAUCCCCGGCCCCAGAGACGCUCCGUUCGGAAGAGACGCCUUCAGUCCGGCUUCUUCUCGCAGCGUCGCGCGGCUUCACCGGCCAUCCUAACCAAAUGCUCUCCGCCGGACCGGACCCGCUCAGUUUCACGCCGACCGACCCCAGCGGAGCCUGAGCUCGAAGGAUGCAGGUGAAAAGCCAGAUCUGCACCGAGAGGAGCAGCACGGACGACCCGGAGCAGGAUGACAACCAGAAGAAGACCUCCUGCUUUUCCAACAUCAAGAUUUUCCUGGUGGCGGAAUGCGCGCUCAUGUUGGCACAGGGCACCGUGGGCGCCUAUCUGGUAAGUGUUCUGACGACUCUCGAGAGACGUUUUAACCUCCAGAGUGCCGAUGUGGGCGUCAUUGCCAGCAGCUUUGAAAUCGGCAACCUGGCCCUGAUCCUGUUCGUCAGCUACUUCGGCGCCAAGGCCCACCGGCCCCGGCUGAUUGGCUGUGGGGGGAUUGUCAUGGCAUUGGGGGCGCUGCUCUCAGCUCUGCCAGAGUUUUUGACUCAUCAGUAUGAGUACGAGGCAGGGGACUCGUGGCAUGCCGAGGACGGCAGGGUCAUCUGCUCCAACAAAACCAGGUCAGAGAAUCGGGACUCUGGUUUUAACUGCGGCAACCGAGCCAACACCAACAUGAUGUACCUUCUGCUCAUCGGAGCUCAGGUUCUGCUCGGCAUCGGGGCCACUCCCGUCCAGCCUCUGGGAGUGUCAUACAUCGAUGACCAUGUCCACAAAAAGGACUCUUCAUUGUAUAUAGGUAUCUUAUUUUCAACACUAGUUUUCGGCCCAGCUUGUGGCUUCAUCCUAGGCUCCAUCUGUACCAAAGUCUACGUUGAUGCUGUUUUCAUCGACACCAGUAAGCUGGACAUCACCCCGGAUGACCCUCGCUGGAUCGGGGCGUGGUGGGGCGGCUUCCUCCUCUGCAGUGCCUUACUCUUCCUGUCGUCCCUCUUCAUGUUCGGCUUCCCCCAGGCGCUGGACGAGCAGGACAUGGACGCUCGAGGGGAGAGUGAGCAGGCCAUGCUGCCCACGUCCUUGAGCCUGGAGAGCCAGGACUCUAAAUCCAACGGAGACUUUCAUGGCUUCGACAUGAACAGCGGACUCUCGGUCUGGGAGCAUCUGAGAGUGAUCCCCCGGGUAACCAGGCAUCUUCUGUCCAACCCCGUGUUCAGCUGCAUCACGCUGGCUGCCUGCAUGGAGAUAGCUGUGGUUGCUGGUUUUGCUGCUUUCCUUGGGAAAUACCUGGAGCAGCAGUUCAACCUCACCACUUCCUCAGCUAACCAGCUGCUAGGUAUGACCGCCAUCCCCUGUGCCUGUCUGGGUAUCUUCCUUGGGGGGCUCCUGGUUAAGAAGCUGAACCUCUCAGCUCUCGGAGCGGUCCGCAUGGCCAUGCUGGUCAACCUGGUGUCCACGGCCUGCUACGUCUCGUUCCUCUUCUUGGGCUGUGACACGGGGCCUGUUGCUGGGGUUACGGUGGCCUACAACAAUGAGACGCUGCAGUCGAAGAAGCAACCUGAGUCAGGCUGCAACAGUAACUGCAACUGCUACACUGCCUCAGUGAGUCCUGUCUGUGGCUCCAACGGAGUCACCUACAUCUCAGCCUGCUUCGCUGGCUGCACCAAACCAAACCUGAGCAGCUGUGGGUGUAUACCCAGCAUCGGCGGCGAGAACGAGGCCUCACCAGGGAAAUGCUCCAGCCCCCGCUGUCAGCGUGCGUUCCUUACCUUCCUGUGUGUCAUCUGUGUAUGCAGCAUGAUCGGAGCCAUGGCCCAGACGCCCUCCGUCAUCAUCCUUAUCAGAACUGUAAGUCCUGAGCUUAAAUCAUAUGCUCUUGGAGUUCUCUUCCUCCUCUUGAGGCUGAUAGGCUUCAUCCCUCCCCCUCUGAUCUUUGGUAUGGGCAUCGACUCCACCUGUCUGUCCUGGAGCUCGGUCUGCGGCGAGAAGGGCGCCUGCAUGCUGUACGACAACGUGGCCUACAGGCAUGUGUACGUCAGCAUCGCCAUCGUGCUCAAGUCCUCGGCAUUCCUCCUGUACGCCACCACGUGGCAGUGCCUGAAAAGCAACUACAGGAGGUACAUCAAGAACAACGAGGGCUACCUCACGCCCACCGAACUUUUCGCCUCCAAUGUGACUCUGGACAAUUUGGGUAAGGAGAUUACCCAGAACCCAAGUAACAGGACAAAGUUUAUAUACAACCUGGAGGACCAGGAGACGAGUGACAACAUGGAGUCGGUUUUAUAGUGGCGAUCGACACGAGGCCAGCAGGAUCCGUUAGUGUGCACCUGAUCCGAUGUAGUCUCUCUCUCUCUCCUUCUCUCUUUGUCUCUCUCUUUCUCUCUUGGUGUUGUGCAACAUGUAGAGUGUUGUUCAUCCAAAACAUUAGAUCCGUUAAAAACAGUAACAGGACUUCCAAAAAAAAGGAAAGUAAAAAAAAAAAAAACAUUCAAAAUCACAAACUGACUUCGUAACACAUUUAGUCAUUUGUGGUAUUUUUUUUCACCUUUCAGUCUGAAAGCAAUGAAGGGUCAAAUAAAAUGCAGCAGUGUUGGAAACCAAAAGUAUGGUGCUGGUUAGAGGUUCGCAUUCACUCCUCGUUGUCAUGAAUGUUAUUGUUGGGUUUUUAGUGAUGCGCAACACCAAAAACUACAUUCUUUUUGUAGUCAUAAAAACAAAAAAUAUCAAGCUUGUGUGUAUAUUUAAAUAUUUAAAAUAACUAUAAAAUAAUGUAAGAUAACACGUAUUUACCCCACAUCGUAGUGUUACGAUAAUUCUACCGUGACGCAGGAGAUUUAAAAAACAAAAACAAAAUGAAUAGGACUUUCUUGUCAGUGAUGAAUGUAUGUAAAUUUCUGACCAGCACUGUUGAUUUAUAUUAGGGUCAUGCCUACUUUUUAGAUCUGAGUAAAAAAACAGUUGAGUGUUUCUCAGGUGAGAUUAGAGUAGACAUGAAAAAAAUUACAGUUUUUAAUCCUGAACUACUUGGAAACCAAACUAGAAGGAUUUUUAAAACUAACAUUUGUUAAUACUCUCCAAAACACGUACUCAGUUUAUUCCUUAUGUUGAAAAAAAACAAACAAACCUUAUUUUAGGUAUUAAAUCAAAAGAAAAUAUUUGAAAGAAAUGAAUACUAAAAUAUGUAUCUUCUCGUUUUUGCGCCAGCAGCCACCUCAAGGGAUUUAUUAUUCAAAUAUUUUAUAUUCUCUAAAGAUUUCUCAGAUAUAUAGGGGGUGGGGGGGGCAGCUACUUAACCAAUUUUAUUUAUUGAAUUUUCAGACAUACCUAAAACACAUGAAUGUGAACGAGUAAUAAUCACAUCCUAUGAUAACGCCUUGGUACAUGCUGGAUCAGACCAAUUUUCCUGAACAGUGAGCUCUUUCCUUCCACUUCAACACAAAGCAUACAGAUUACAAAAAAACUUUAAACAUUCACUUAUAAAUACGAAUGUUACGUAACUGUCUUUGUAGCGCUAAAAAGAAAUACCUGAUUCAAAUGAACCAACAACAUAAUUCUAUCAGGACUGACAAAGACAUGCAGAUUAACUGAGUGGUCUAAUCCUACUUGUGGGGAUGCGCCCUGCAGCAGUAAUGCAUGGAUUUAAAAAAAAAAAAAAAAGAAAGAAAAAAAAGCAACAUAAAUAACACAAGAGACUUUGUGAAUAUGUUUCUUUCACGUUAUGGGAAAACGAGUUGAACACGAGAGCAAUGCAACGAGACCUUUUGAGUCGCAGAAAAAACGGCUGUUAGCAUUAUGCCAGAGUUAGCUACAGUCAAACGCAUGCUGGUAACGCAUGCAUUUAAACAUGAAGACAAACAUUCAGUAUAGUCACAGAGUUUUACAGUUUUUUGGCGGCAGGUCCUUAGCUGAACAUAUGGUAUAUUAAACAUAAGAGUCCUCCAAACUGUGUUUUGGACUGUGAAAGAGCUUUAUGAUGCAUAAUGCUUUGCGAUGUUGCCAUUUUAAAAAAUAAUAUUUUAUCUAUGCCGAGUCAUAAUCACUUAAGUGAUCAAAGUGUUUUUUUGUGUGUGUGUGAUUUAAAUGUUUUUUUUUGUUUGUUUUUUUAACCGAUCUAAAGAGAUGUCUCGCGUACAUCAUAUUUAUUGAAAGCCCCGGUAACGGCGUGUGAAACUUUAAAACAAAAUCAGCCUUUUAGCUUCAAAAAUUACUGCGCCACCGCCAAGUUCUCCAUAGGAUUAUUUCUGGGGACUGCGGUGGCCGUCGACGAAGGUUUUGUUUUUAUGUUUCUGUGUUGAUUGGGCUAAAUGUUUUCACUUCUCUGCUGGAAAACCAAAUCAUCAACCCACGUUUCCGCUUACAGGCAGAGUUUAAUAGACAUCCAGUCAUAAUUUGCUGGGAUUUCAAAGAGUUUAUGGUGCCCCGCAUUUUAGCAAGGAUUUGAUUACCCUUGGAAGAGAAACAGGCCCACUGGCUUUUAUGCACCUUUCUCAGAAGUCCCAAUAAAUAUAGCCUGCACUGUACUGUACACAGAUUAGCACAGUAUAGUGCCACUUUCCGGCUAUUUCAGUAUUAUGUUUGUUUUGCAUCAAAAAUUCUCUAUUGCUCUCAAUUCUGUUUAAAUAUGUAUACUAUAUGUGAUGUGGUAGGGAAUUCAAGUGGAAUACUGGAAACAGAAGCAGCUUGAAAAUUAGCUAGCUAGUUAACUUAGCUAGCUUGAAAAUUAGCUAGCUUGAAAAUUAGGAAACGACAUGAGUGGUUAGCGUGACUGGGUAGCUACCUAGCUACCUCUUUUUUAGCUAUAGGACUAGGAUUUGUGGUCGAGUGAACAAGGGUUUAGUUUUUUGCCAACCGGCAAUUAGAUGAAGAAAAUGAAGAGAGAACAAAAGGCGGUACGCGUUAGGUCUAAGGUGACUUUUGUUGAGCCUGCCAGCAUGGAGCCGUGGUAGCUGCUUUGACAUCUACUUGUGCUACAAAUGUGUUUAGUUUUCUUAUUAGAAUAAAGUUGUUUUGUUUUUUUUUGUUUUUUUUUUUUAAAAAAGGCAUGUAAGGAUAAUCCCAAAGAUUAUUAAUUCAUCUUUGAACUCAUAAAAAUCCACUUUUGCUUUCUGUUGAUCCAAUUUAUGAGGAAUUAUGCCACAUAUUGUGUUCCAAAAACUAUUUUUGCUGGUCAUUUUUGAAGCACACGACCCAUUGAAGAUCAUUUUACCUACUUUAAUAAAGUAUUUAACUAGCAGAGGAUUUAAAUACUAUAUUGAUGCUUCUGUAGCAUCAGAAACAGAUUAUUAUAUAAAUUAAAGGUGAUGUGGGAUAGCUUUAAUAUAUUGAAUAUAGCUCUAUGUUGGAAAUCAACCCUCAAUGGACCUAAAAUUGUGAUUUUGUGGGUCUGAUAUCCUUGAAAACUACUUUUUUGUCUGUUUUUUUUUUUUUUUUUUUAUCAGAUAUUGCCUCAAAAUAUUAAUAUUAAAUUAGGUGGUAACACAGACAUUCAGUCGGAGCUUCAGGACAACUGGCUUUAAUGUUAAAAAUUAGACUACUUACUGAAAGGGAAGGUGUGUGGGUUUCUUACUGACAACGACCUCUGACGGUGGCUUUGUCUUGGACAUUGGUAUCAUCCAGUCUGUCAUUGUACCAACUCUACUGUCCAUACAAGUGCCAAAGGUGACACCAUAGAAGUGUUGUGUGACGUUCUGAGGAGCAUGUAGUCUUAACACGCUGCGGAGCACAGCAGUUCCUUCAGCGUUUUGUAGCCUCUCUGUGAUGACCUCGGUUUAUUUUAACCAUAUCAUCCAUACGUGUUCCCAAAAGAUUAUAAAGCUGUUGUACAUUGAUCUAGAGAACAGUAAUAUUUAAGAUGUAGUCACUGUUCAUAUGUAGGACUUUUCUACUAGUAAAGGUCUUGUCUAAUAUAGAUUAAUGUCUUUCCAUCUGUGGCAAAAUUGACAGAAUUUGUGUUGCUUUAGUCCGAAUGAGAACAACACAUUGCUUGUACUAAGAGUCUCUAAUGUUGAGCCACAGCUUGGCGUUGUACGAUUAAUACUACGGAGAGCAGAAAAACAGCCAAACGUCACAGAUUGCAUCCUUCCAACUGCGCCCUCGUGACGAGAGCCAGUUGCGGGCAUAUCAACCUGUGCACUGUAACAAUUGCGACAAAAAAAGAAAAAAAAGCAA